GAGUGUGUUUGAGAUCUGAUCGUGGAGUCACAGUGAGUUCAAGAAGAGAAAACUACACGUGUAUGCGCCACAGCCUCUGAACAAAGACUGAAAUGGGGAAAAGUAAAACCACUAAGUUCAAGCGUCCGCAGUUCAACACGGUCGGUUUGCCGGUGAAUGCUGUGAAGGAAGUAGACGCCGAGGAAGAAGAGCACAACGAUGAUGAUGAUGGUGGUGGUCCAGCUGCGGAGUUGUUGGAGAAAUUGCAGAGUCCCAGUGCAGACGUGAGAGAGUUUGCAUGUGCCAGCAUUUCUCGGGUGGUGCAGCAGAGCCAAACCAUCCCAGGCUUCCUGCAGAGGGAUGCUGUGAGACGCCUCGGGCCCAUGCUUUUGGACAGCAGCCUGUCUGUGAGGGAGACCGCCACCGGAGCACUCAGAAAUCUGAGUGCAUGUGGAGGUCAGGAGGUGUGCGAAGACAUGGUGAAGCACGACGUCAUGACUCCUCUGACAGCCUUGCUUAGAGAGUGCUGUGCUGGCUUUGAGAGCGCUGCAGUACAGAUGAAUGACCAGAAGAAUGCAGUGGAGGAUGUGGCCAAUGAGGCUGUGAACCUGCUGUGGAAUCUAUGUGAAAGCAGCAACCAGGCGCUGACUGUGUUCAACAAAUCGGGUCUUCUCGAUAUGGUCGUCCAGUGUCUGGACAGUCACCCGCGCAACGUGGAACUGGCCAUAUCUGCUGCCCACUGUCUGCACACUGUGACCGAGGAUAACCCAGAGCUGCUGUGUAGCAUGAACACUGCUGUGCUCGGAGCCCUGGAGACUGUGCUGUUGUCAUCUCAGCCUGGCAUGGCGCACACUCUCCUCAGGACACUGGCUGCAGGCACACUGUGGAACGUGAAGGGAAGUCUUCCUGCUGCCCGCCAGGCGCAGACCCUCAGCGCCGUGGUAGCCACUUUGUCACAGUGCCUGGGUCUGGACGCUGGCACGCUGAUCCCUGAACUCCGACAAGCAGAGGAGGCGCGCCACAGAAACGCACCAGCUGCGGCAGACAUGGAGGACCAGGCGGCAGUCGAGCUGGUUGUUGAGGAGAUGGACGAAGAGGGCGAGGAAGCACCUAAACACAAGAAGAACGGGAAAGCCGCAAGAGUCGAUAACGAUUUCUCUGACCUCUUGCCUAGGGGCAAGGAGGAGCUGAGGGAGGCAAUGGCCUUGCUGACAGCCCAGCAAACGUCCUUAGAGAUCAUCGUCAACAUGUGCUGCUCUGACGACCCGUCUGACGACGAGUGGGAGGAGUCUUCGAGCAGCGAUGAAAGUGAAAUGGGUGCUGAUGGCCUUUGUGACGGAUUGUCCAAUCUGAUGUCUCCGCUGUGUUUGUCCGCUGAGGUUCACGGGGCCUUGAUCAAUCACAGCAUCCCAGAAAAGGUCCUCAAAAAGACUCAGUUUCCCAAACAGGAAGCCAUGGAUGUGUGCCACCAGAAUCCGUCCUGGAAAAGCCUGAUAAAAAAGAUGCAGCGGGUACAGUCCCGGGCACUGACAUGCCUCCACAGCAUCCUCUCCACCAUGGACGCUGAGUCUCUGGGAGGAGCAGCAGCCCUGCAGGAAGCAGCACAGCACUUGUCCACACUGGUUUUUGGCGCAGCAGAGCUACCCAAAGAUGAGGAGUUCCUAGAGGCUGUCAUCAGUGCCAUGCGAUCUCUUCUACAGAUGAUUGCCUCUAAAAAUAUCCCCCAGCACAUGACCCCCCAGCAGCUGAUGAGCCUGAGCGAAGCAGCCGCCCGCUGCGAGGUUGUCAGCGUGAGGGUCAAUGCCGUCGCCAUCUUGGGCAUCACUGGCAGCACGUUAGCCAAAGAGAAGGGUACUGCUGAAACCCUUCAGGUGAUUGGAAACGCUUUACUUCAAGUAGCUACAAAGGACGUGGACCUGGUUGUAAACGGAGAGGCCCUCGACGCCUUGUUUGACGUUUUCGCAGAUGGAGACGAGGCGGAGGCGGCAGCUAAAAACAUCCAGUUACUACCUGCACUGAAGGCACUUCAACCUGUCUUUAAGGCCAAGAUCCGUAAAGAAGGCAGAGGCAAGUACAGCCCUCAGCAGCUGUGCGUGUUAGACAACAUCAAAGUCAACUUGAGAAGAUUCAUCGGUUAUCUGGAGAAGGUGGUGAAGAAAUGAGAACUGUCAGCGAUCUGUUUGAACCUGUCUGCUUUGGAAAGAUGGAGAGAUAUAUAUCAGGGUCGUAAAAGAAUGAGACAGAAUAUGGUUAUGAAACCAUUAAGUAUUUAUUAUGUUGGUAGUAGGUCAUUUGUUAUUGCUUGAUUUCAAUGUUUCUAUUCUCUAAAUAAUGAUGAUUUACUUAGUGAUGUGAAUGUAUAUUUGCUGUGAAGAAAGACAGGGUGGAAUCUAUUAAUUUUUAGUUACUGCAUGUUGCAGUACAGUGUUUUUUUUUCUUCUCCUUCCUCUGUUCAUAUUCAUCAUUUAACACAAAAUGGUUGUCACACUUGAAUUUGUGUAUUUCCACGUUCCAGGUAUCAUUAAUAGAUCUGAUGUGAAGAGCUGAGACCUGAUUUUGAAACCAAUACCCCAAUUCUUGCCCUGUAUUUCAAUGGUUAUUUAAAAUUGUACAUUGCAGGCACGUACAGGAAGCAUUGUAGUCUCUACUACUUUAUGAAAAGAGAAGAUUUUGUAGUUAUGAAUAUUGUGUAAUCUAAUCACUGUUUUGUUAAGCAUAUUGGCUUUCCUAAGGAUGAAAAAAACAUGAUUUCAUUAAUUCACUAAGAUGAAAGGGUUUGGAAGCUCACUGCCAAGUUUGUUAAAAGACUAAAAUUGAUUAAAACAAAGGCUUUUUUUUGCCUUUAGAGAUGUACACAGACUCUCUACCUCUUCCUCUCUGUGCCUCCUUCACCUCCAAUCCGUUUUCAUUUGCACACUUUGUGAGGCACUACUGUGUGUGUAUGGAGUUGUAGCUGCUUUUCUGUGGUGCAUUUGUAAACUUUUCUGUCUACAAGUUGCCACAGCAGCCAACAAAUUGUACUGAAAGCAUUGCUGUCAGUAACAUUAAUUAAUUGCUUAAGAACAAACUACAAAUAGAUUAAUAGUGAUCUAUCAGCAAAAUUGCUGCUACAGCCAACAAACCUGCUCGACGACAGAGCAGGUUUGAAUAAUGGACCUGUAGGAUGGUAUCAUCUACUUUGCAUCUGAUUUAUAGUUUAUUAUAAUUUAAGAAGCUUAUGAAGUCACAAUUAUAAGUUUUCUUUAAUCUUCUUAAUAAAAAUGAAAAAGGGACUUGCAGUGAUAGUUCUUAUGUAGUGAGAGUCAGACAUGCUUGCAAGAUUUGAGUUUUGGUCAAGUUUUCAGGGGAAUAUUACUAAAUUGCAUAUCCUCAAAAAAAACAAUUUCAGAGAUACAUUUGAGGGAGAAUGUCAUGAGGCUAUGAAUAAAUGGCUUUUUUGAAAUAAAUC